AACACUCCAACUCUCAAACUCAUCUCAUCUCAUUCAUUCCUCUCUACCAAGUUGCUCUUGUGGUUGGUUUCACUUUAUUUUCAUUAUUAUUAAUAAAUUAACUUUUUGGGAGUCUGAAAAAUGAAAUCUUGAUAUAUAUAUAUAUAUAUAUAUGUUUUUCUGACUCAGUCUGGUGAAGCGGGUCCUACAAUCCUCCCACUUGCACUUGCUGUCUUCCUCCUCUCCUCUCCUCUCCUCUCCUCUCCUCCUUAUUAUGUUGUCUGUCUCUCUCUCCUUAAACUCUCUUCUUGUCUCUCCCAUUUUUGUCAUUCUUUCUUCUCUUCUUUCCAUUUAAAGAUCCAUUCUUUCUAUAUAUAGCUAUCUCCUAACUCAUUCAUUUUUAUUCUAUGGUCAACCAUCCUUGUUCAUUCCCAAACGUGUAAAGUUUGUUCCUUUAAAACCUUUUCUAUUUGAUUUCAUUGCUUUGGUUUCUGGGUUUAGGGAAAGGAGUUUUCUACUGUACUGUUGAUUCAUGCUUGGUCUAACUACACUAUGGAGAGGUUUACACUUCUUUAACAUUCAGUACUGUAAUAAUAAGGUGAAAAGUUAUGAAGAACAUUCUUAAGAAGCUUCAUAUAAUGUCUAAUAAUCAAUCAGAAGAUGCACAAGCUGAAAGGAGUAACAAGUCCAAUGAUGGUUCAUCUUCAUCUCCUACUACCAGAAACAAGCUUUCAAAUUGGUUGCAUUCAGUUUCUUCUAAUAGGAAGCAGAGUCCUGGCAGUCCUCCAUCAGGAGAAAGAGUGGAGGAGCUAUCUGAUUCACUCACCUUUGGUGGUGGUGGUGGUGGUUUGGAUAUGGUGGUUUCUGAUUCAACCAAGCGUGAUUCGGGGUCCAGCAGUUCAAGGGAUCCUGAAGUGGAAGAAGAAUAUCAAAUUCAGCUUGCUUUAGAGCUGAGUGCAAAGGAGGAUCCCGAGGCUGUACAGAUUGAAGCUGUUAAGCAAAUCAGUUUGGGAUCUUGUCACCCUGAUAAUACACCAGCUGAAGUUGUCGCAUACCGAUACUGGAAUUACAAUGCUCUUGGGUAUGAUGACAAGAUCUCAGAUGGUUUCUAUGAUCUGUAUGGUGUCCUAACUGAUUCAACCUCGACAAGAAUGCCUUCUCUUAUAGAUCUGCAAGGAACACCAACUGCAAAUGAUGUGAAAUGGGAAGCAGUCUUGGUCAACAGGGUAGCUGAUUCCAAUUUGUUGAAACUUGAGCAAAAGGCCAUGGGGUUUGCAGUGAAAUCAAGAGAAGAUUUUGAAAUAGUUGUAGAUAGAAAUUUGGUGCACAAGCUUGCAAUACUUGUGGCUGAAUAUAUGGGUGGAUCAGUUGAAGAUCCUGAAAGUAUGUCAAGAGCAUGGAGGAGUCUUAGUUACAGUCUAAAAGCAACCCUCGGUAGCAUGGUUUUGCCACUUGGGUCACUGACCAUUGGAUUGGCUCGGCAUCGUGCAUUGUUAUUUAAGGUGUUAGCUGAUAGUUUGGGCAUCCCUUGUCGGUUGGUGAAAGGAAUGCAAUAUACAGGUUCUGAUGAUGUGGCAAUGAACUUUGUCAAGAUUGACGAGGGAAGGGAGUACAUUGUUGACCUCAUGGCAGCUCCUGGAACUCUUAUUCCAUCUGAUGCAGCUGGGUCACAUAUUGAGUAUGAUGAUUCUUCUUUUGUAGCGAGUCCCUCAUCAAGAGAUCUUGAUUCAUCUCACAUUACAUCGUUCAGCAGCGGGGUUGGAAGUUCAUCUGAAGAAACUUCAGACUUUAGGACUUUUGAAAAAGGAAACAGGUAUAAACAUUUUGCCGAUGCAGGGAAGGAAUCUGAUGUAAGCAGCAGGCCCCCUACUUGCAAAGAAGAAUUAAAAAAACCGUUAAAUGAAUUCAAAAAUAUCCCUAACGUAGAAAAGAUUAAGGCGAGGGAAUCUGUUAGCAGACCUAAUAAUUAUCCAUACAUGCAUGGAAGAUCUCCUUCUUGGACAGAAGGGAUCAGUUCCCCAGAAGCCCAUAGAAUGAAAGUCAAAGAUGUUUCCCAAUAUAUGAUUGAUGUUACCAAGGAGAACCCUAAGUUGGCUCAAAAGCUUCACAAUGUCCUGCUCGAAAGUGGCGUUGUUGCUCCUCCAAACUUGUUUUCUGAAAUUUAUCAUGAGCAGUUAGGUUCUCAAAAUGAGGCCAAUUCUCCAACUGAAGAAGAUGAAUAUAAACACCGAAGUGCACAGAAAGAAGCUAAGGAGGAUAGUGAUAAUCUAGCUCCUCGAUUUUUGCCUCCGUUGCCUCCCCACAUAAUUCAUCCCAAAGCAAGUCCUAGCAAUCAGCUGGAACAUUCCAAGCCUGUAGAAGGUUUGGGAAUUGGUCUUUCUCUUGAUUCUAGGGAAGCUGCUGUACAGCACACAUAUUCUGACGCAGAAGCGACACUGGUAAAAUAUGGGAAAAAUGUACCCGUUGCUGCUGCAGCAGCUGCUGCGGCUGCGGUUGUUGCAUCUUCUAUGGUAGUUGCUGUGGCAAAGUCAAGCACCGACUCAAGUUUUGAGAUUCCUGUAGCGGCAGCUGCUACUGCUACUGCUGCAGCUGUUGUAGCAACCACUGCUGCUGUCAGUAAACAGUAUGAGCUGGGGAAUCGAAGUGAUGGAGAUGCAGAGGGUUCUGGUAAUGAACCAAAAGGCAGUGGUGAUGGUGAGAAUAAUGCUUUAGGAGCAAACUCAGAAGGUGGGGAAAAAUCUGAUAGAUCAGUCAGUAACGAUAGUACAAAAUCUGAUUUGGCAUUAGAUGAUGUUGCUGAGUAUGACAUUCCAUGGGAAGAAAUCACGAUGGGCGAGCGAAUCGGACUCGGAUCAUAUGGAGAAGUGUAUCGUGGUGAAUGGCAUGGAACUGAAGUUGCUGUAAAGAGGUUUCUACUUCAAGAUAUCUCUGGUGAAUCACUUGAAGAAUUCAAAAGUGAGGUCCAAAUAAUGAGAAGACUGAGGCAUCCAAAUGUUGUUCUCUUCAUGGGAGCUAUAACUAGACCUCCAAAUCUUUCAAUUGUUACUGAAUUUCUUCCUAGAGGGAGUUUAUAUAGAUUAAUUCACCGACCUAACAAUCAAUUAGACGAACGAAGGCGGUUGAGGAUGGCCCUGGAUGCUGCUCGAGGAAUGAAUUAUUUGCAUAACAGCACUCCAGUGAUAGUGCAUCGUGAUUUAAAGUCCCCAAAUCUUCUUGUUGACAAAAAUUGGGUUGUAAAGGUAUGCGAUUUUGGCUUAUCUCGAAUGAAGUACAGUACGUUCCUUUCUUCUAGAUCAACUGCAGGAACAGCUGAGUGGAUGGCUCCAGAAGUGUUGAGAAACGAACUUUCAGAUGAAAAGUGUGAUGUUUUUAGCUAUGGGGUCAUAUUAUGGGAGCUCUUUACUAUGCGGCAACCCUGGGGAGGAAUGAAUCCAAUGCAAGUUGUUGGUGCUGUUGGUUUCCAGCAUCGCCGUCUGGACAUUCCAGAUGAUGUGGACACUGCCAUUGCAAAUAUUAUUAGACAGUGUUGGCAGACCGAUCCAAAGUUGAGACCUACUUUUGCUGAAAUAAUGGCGUUAUUGAAGCCAUUGCAGAAGCCAAUUACUGGUUCUCAAGCGCAUAGAGCAAGUGUUCAUGCUCACUCAUCACGAUCUGCUGAAGAUCCUGCUGCAGCAUAGGAGACAAUUAUACAGCUAACAAAACUUUUUCAUUUUUCUGCUUAAAAAGUGAGGGCAAUUUGUAAAUUAUUUUCCAUUACUGAUUGGUUCAAGACCAUAUCAGCUAAGGUUCAUUCUUAUUCAAGGUUUUCGUGCCUGUUUUUUUCUCUUUUUUUUCCCUUUCUCUUUUGUAGUCUACAACGCAGCCAUUCUUAGGGUGUUCCAAUCUGUUGUACAAAAUUCUUUGGCAAAAAUGUUGUAAUCAACAUUUAUAUUUUCUUAUCCAUAAAUAGUUAUGAAAAGUUGCAGUUGUAACUUCAACAGAAGAAAGGAUUAAAUGUAAGUGAAAAUUGCUUGCUGAUGUAUUUAGUGACCUUGUAAAUUCAGUGUUCAAUUUUCUGUGAAGGAAGAAUAUUCUUUCUUCAUGUGUUUGGAAACUA